UUGGAAGAAUGGCGGACUCCAUCGCGGCCACGGAGAAGGCGCCAGAGGCGGCGGCGGCGGCGGCUCCUCGGCGAGCCUCUGAGGAAGAAGACGACUUCGCACAAAAUGGCGACCGCUGCGAGGAGGAGGAGGAGGAUGAUGGGGAGGAGGAAGAAGAAGAAGGGGACCGGGGCUCCCCGCGCAACGGUCCCCGCAAGGGCGCCUCCGUCUCCCCCUCUUCCUCUUCCUCGGUCCCCAGAGACCUCCCUCUGAAGAAAAACUUUCAGAUCCCCAGGAAGAGCCGAGAAAAGAAAGCUCUUUUCCAGCCGCUAGCAAAAGAAUCUCGUGAAUUUGAAGAUGUUGUGAACAUUUUGCAUUCGUCAUAUUUGGAAAUCCAUUCAAAGGACAAUUUCAUCUACAAACAAGCUAGUUUGAUUCAUAAUGAACUUUUUGAAAAAGAAUUCAUAGAGAAACGAAGAGAGUUGAAACGUGAUGGCCGAUCAGAAAAAGAGCUAGCUGAGACUUAUGCAUUUCUGAAGGUCGACCGUGAAUUGGUGCAAAACAUAUGUGAAAAUGGUUUGCAAGUGGGUCAUUCCAAAAUAACAGUCCUUGGCAGCCCUUCUCGAGGUGUAUAUCUUUCUAGGUAUGCUGAUUUGUUGCAAGCUAAUCCUCUGGAAGGUAAAGCAACUGGAGAUAUUAUUAUAUUUAAAAUAAUAAAGGGGAGAACGAAAACUAUAUAUGAUAAUCUGGCAGGAAAUCCAAUGGAUUCAACGGUUAAAAGUGCAUUAGACCCUACACCGAAGUAUGAGUGCCACAUUUCAAAGAAUGCAAACAGAGUUACUUCAGUCUUAAAUUAUAGAGCAUUUGAACGCACGCAGUAUUAUUUUUAUGAAUACGGCUUUGAUGAGAUCAGACAAAGACCAAGACAUGUAUGUCCGUAUGCUGUUGUAUCAUUUUCUUGCAAGGGUGAAAAGGUACAGAACUAUUUGUCCCAAACAAGAACAAAGACUUCUAAUAUGGAUAAGAGCACUGAUAAGACAAGUUACACCUUAUGGAAUGGGCAGCUUUUAAACCGAGGGACACUUGUAUGCCAUGCUGCUUUGAAAUCAGAAACACGUCCGUUGCUUCCCUGCAAACUCCCGGAAAAACUUGAUGUUGACAUGGUUAUGAGCAUUGAAAAUUUGAAACAACAUGUCUCAACACGUGUACUGCAGAAAGAAACAUAUUCAGGUGAAAGGGAAGAGUUCAGGAGUGGAAUGUAUUGCAGUCUUUAUGAAAUUGUGGAAAAGGCUAGAUCAGGAAGUAAUUUGGAAGGACUACUUCAAAAGCUGGAGACAGACAAGCUAGUUAUUGUAAAACCACUUGCAGACAGAGGAUAUUUAUUGCUACUUUCUCCAUAUCAAAUGGCUUCUCCAUAUGACAACAGAACAGGAAAGCCUCGUACUCUGCAAGCAUUGUUUCUAUUUCGGAAUCCUACGGGUGUUGUAACUUCAGCACACAAAAAUGAACAGAAAAAUGAAAACCCAUCAGUAUUGCAGGAAACACAUGUGAUUAUGCCAGAAUUUAUGAGAUUUAUUCAGUCACUACAUUAUGCUUAUGUUAAUUCCCGUAAAGGUAAAGACCCUAGGUCUGACUUAAAUACUGUGGUGGAAAAAUACAUAAUCGAUUAUCUGAAACGAUAUAGUAAAUAUAAAGAAUUUUUUUUAUAUCGCUACAAAGAUACCUUGGAUGAGAAAAAGCACCUAUAUCCAGCCCCCAAAAAUAAAUCCCAUCUUGACAGUUCUUUGCGUGCCUAUAUUUUCGGUUCGGAAGCCUAUCAGAUCCCUGUUUCUAAAGCAAAAAAACUAGUGGAUGGUCAUCGAAAACCUCAGCAGUUCAGUCCUGUUUCAGAUUAUGAAGCCCCAGAAGAAGAAUCUGACUACACAAAGCAAAAAACCAAGAAAAGAAAUGGUUCCAAAAGUGACGAAGUGCCUGCCAAGAGAAAGCAUAGUCAUCCAGAUGAUUAUAAUCAAGAAAGUAUAAAAGAACUUAUUAAUUUAAUCCAGAGAAAGAAGAAAAAUGUACAAGACUCUGAUACAGAAGAUAAUAGAAAUGAAAACAAGCUGAAACAAAAACUGGAAGAUGACAGAGCACCAGAAACACUUCAUUCAGUGAUAGCUGGUCUUGGUGGACAUGAUACUGAUCUGAGGCAGCAAAAUGUUUCUGAGUCUUCAGUUCUUGACCCAUCUGAUUUCGUGAUGCUCAUUUCAAAAAUUUUCAGUAAUACAGAUUUGCCAUUGGCAGAAUUAGCUAAACAACCUUCACCACAAAAUUAUCCAGACCAAACUCUUGAAUAUAAUCCAAUUCCGGUACAGAUUAAAGAAGAACCUGAGUUGGUUAAUACUACACAUGUUGAAAAUAUUCCAUUGAAGGACCCCCACAGCUUGGUCAAGCUGGAAGCAGAUGUGCCAUCUUUGCCUUAUUCUGUUGAUGUAUCUAGUAGUGAAACAGACACCACUAAUCAUAUGCGACAUUUAAAAGACACAAGCACAGGAAGUGUAUGUAGCUUCGAUGGUUGCAGUAGCCCAUGUUCUAGCACACCUCUUGAACAGAGCUACCACAGGCAGCAUUCCGGCUCAAAUAGUAUUUCUACACCUGGCAUACACUGGAAGCUGAUACCCAUCACAGGAGGGGCAGGAAGAAUGCAUGAAGAGCAACUGAGAAUACAUGGCGAUAACCAAACAGGUUUGAAGUCUCCAGAUGAAUUAUUUGCUUACUCACCACCAAAGGAUGCAUCUGAAACUGACCCUCGUAUAAUAAAAAGACAAAGAAAUUUUGAUUAUCCACCUGCGUACUCUGCAUUUUCAGACUCGCAGAAGGAAAUAGUAGAAGAUGAAGUAUAUAUAGGGCAAGAGGAAAAAUGUGAAGUUCUAUGUGAAAUUGAGACAACUGACACUGUGGCAGAUUCCAUAAGUGGAGUAAUAGAAAGAGCAAUAUUAGAAGAAUACAACGUGUUUACCAGUAAGAUUCAGAAGAUCUUGAAGCAGAAGAAUAUUACGUAUGUUAGUGGAAUAUCCAGACCUGUUCUUUCAGUCCAGGAAGGUGUCAUGGGACUUUCUGAAUAUAUAUGUUUACAGGCAUCGGGUAUUGCUGUCCAGGAAUAUGUAGAGAGACUGAGUGUAAAGCUCAACGAUGUGAUUUUGUCAUCUUCACGUGGUAUCCAGAGUGUUCCGUUUACUUGCAGUCCUAAACUGGCAGAUGAUUCAACUACUGAUACUGAAUUGAACCUGCCAUCAGAAGAGCCUGUGCCUCUUUCGUGUGACUUUGAUAUGGAGCCCUUGCCGGAGGAACCAUGCAGUACAGUAGAGGAAGAUUCAUUGAUUAAUGAGCAGAAUCAUUUAGCAAUCUUGGACACAGGAAAAGAACACAGCUCAGUGAGUGCCGACAUGGAGAUGAAUUUGGAAGCAGAGUCAAACGUCUCUACUAGUGACUCUGUGCCACAGAGAGAGAAGAUGUUAAAGCCGGUAGAUAAUGCAAACAUUACAACCCAGACAGCUGUGGUUGGCUUUAUAAGCCAAUUAAAACCAGAGGUGUUUGACAGCAUUGUCAAAAUUAUGCAAGAUGUACAAAAGAACAUUGUCAAAUUUUACAUCCAUGAAAAGCAAGAGAGUACACUUUGCAAAGAAAUAAAGGAAUAUCUUACUAAAUUAGGUAAUACAGAAUGUCACCCUGAGCAGUUCUUAAGAAGAAGAGCUGAUUUGGAUAAAUUGCUUAUCAUUAUUCAAAAUGAAGAUAUUGAAAAUCUAAUUGAUCAGAUACCAUGUCUAGUAACUUUGAAGAGGCUCCCAUGUGUCAGUUUUGCUGGUGUUGACAGCCUGGAUGAUGUUAAAAAUCACACUUACAAUGAAUUAUUUGUUUCUGGUGGCUUCAUUGUCUCUGAUGAAUCUGUUCUCAAUCCAGAAUCUAUGACUGUUGCUAAACUUAGCAGUUUUCUGAAAUUCCUUGAAGAGCACAGUACUCCAGAUGGAAAGUGGCAGUGGAAAGUUCACUGCAAAAUACAGAAAAAAUUGAAGGAACUUGGAAGAAAAAAUGCAAAUGCCACUAAUUUGCUGACACUUCUGAAUACUUACCAGAAGAAACAUAUGGUUGAGAUUCUGUCGUACCAUAGCUGUGAUUCUCAGACUCGGAAUACUCCAGAAUUAGAGUGCCUUGUAAAACUUCAAGCUCAGAAUAUACAGCAAAGGCACAUUGUCUUCCUAACAGAGAAGAAUGUGGUAAGAGCAACUUAUGCUGAAAGAGGAAUAGUGGUCGCUUCAGUGGAUUUCUUCAUGCAGAACUUGCAAAGUCUUGUUGGCUACCAUAACUUGAUUACUGAAGAAAACUGCCUUCCUCCCCCCAUUGAUCAUGAGAAACAGUCAGUUCUCAUAGAAAACGAAAAGGAUGAGGAGGACAUGUCUUUGGAUUCAGGGGAUGAAGCAUCACAAAUAGAAGUUUGCAAUGAUGCCUCAAAGUAUGAUUCUCACUUGGAAGUUUUUGAGAAAGAGACCAAAGCAUCCCAUGGAACAGACUGUGAGCAAAAGUCUCAAAGUGAUACACUGUUGCCUACUGAAGGACGACACCAGCUUCUGACAGAAAAAGCAUCUAAAACUGAUAUGCAGGAUAUACAGCCUGUUACUCCUGUCUCUGCAACUAUUGAAGGAGAGAGAACUAAGUCAGUUGAACAAGUUCCUCUCAAUAACUUUCAGAUUUACAAUAGACAGUUAAGUGUGCCCCACCAGUUCAGUCACUUUAAUGUUCUCACUCAUCAGACAUUUCUGGGAACAACGUACCCCAUAUCUACAAUUCAGAACCAGGAAGGAGGGAACUACUUCCUGACUGCCUACAGUCAGAAUAUAGAGAUGGACCAGUCUUCAUCUCCCAGUAACUGGGAUAUCACUUCUAAUUCUUCCAGGCCAUUUUCCAAACAGAAUUAAGCCAAGUUAAACUCUUUUUAAAUAAUUUGUUGUGGACUCUGUUUGUUCAAACAAGUGAAAUAACCGUUUCUAUUCUCUGAUCUGGCAAACGUUUCCUGUCUCUUAUCUCAAAUGUUUUCUUGUCUAAUUUAAAUCAUGGAUGGUCUGUAUCGGGUGAAGUACCUGAAGUUUGAAAUAAAUAUAUAUAUAUAUUUUUAAACAUUUAAUGUACUUGAACGAACUUGUUUGUUGGCACUUUUACGUUUUUACAUUUUUGUAGUUCAUCUGUAAUUGAGACUUCCAACUUGAAGUCUUGUCUUACUGUAAAUUGAAUGUUUAUUUCAAGGAUAUGUGAAAGGAGUUGGCUUCAUUUUUAAAGGCAAGUGUAACAAGAUGCUGAAACUACUUUUUCUUUAUCAAAGUUCUUAUGUCUCUGUGUGAAAGUUUUGUACAGAAUCUUUAUAUAUAGCUAGCUAUAAAGACAGUUAUAGUUACUUUAACAAGUACUUUGAAUUUUUGGCUACAUACCUCAGUUAAAACAUCCAAUGGGUGGUUUUGAUUUUGAAAAUAAAAAUGUCAUCCUGA